AUGGCUCAAGGCGAGUCUGGACUGAAAGCAUCUGGCAGGAGAACCGAAGGGGGGGCGAGAGUUCCCCCAAGAGAGACCGAGGGCGAGCCUACGCAAACGCGUAUGCUGAAAAAAUGUACUAUAGCUCGAGGUUCGAAAACACGCUUUUCAUGCAAUGCAAGGCCGUACCAGCGUAUCGCAUUAGAACACAGUGGCAAUCCACCGAGCAGCUACGGUCCAUUACCUGGCUGUAACUAUGUGUAUUUUAGACCCAAAUGCUCUCGUAAGUCUAAAGUCCCCGGAUAUUUCUUCUUAGUCUACAAAUUUGCAUACAUAUGUACUCCUGUGGAUGAUAUGAAUUAUUACAUUAUCCCCGUGGAAAUUGCAUUAGUGCCAAUUAUGCCUUCUGACUGUGGCACAAUCUCCGGCCUCUCCGAACCUCUUAAUCUCCCUCCGUGGAGAGUGCCAGGGCCAGGGAGGCAGUGGCACGCUUUUGUCACAGGACGGAGGGAAAAGGUCUCACAUGGCGGCCGCUAUUCUUACUCUGCCCUGGAGGACGACGGGGCCGGGGAGAGGAUGGAGAUGGAGAGGAAGGCGGCGAGGGGCGCCAGUCGCGAGACCUCUGCCCUGGCGGCGAGGUCCUACCUGCGGGGCCACCAGCGCUACUCCCUCCUCGAGCACCUGAGGGACAUCGGCUCUCGCAUCGACAAGAACUGGUUCAUCAUCCGGGACUCCUCUGUGAAGACCGACCGACUCAUGACUCUGCAGCCGUACGACGAGCAGUGCCCAGUGCCAGUCACGCCGGGCACGCGGGAGGCACUCAUGGAGCUCUUCCAGGCGCUCCACCACCCGUACAUCUACCCUGUGUUGGACGUGGACUUCGCCAACAUCUCGUCCCACACUUACGUCAUCACAGUCAUCCCGCACAACAACAAGGGCACGCUCAAGGACCUCAUCUACAAGAGUCACUGGCAGGAUGACUGGGGCGAGAAGUACCAGCAGAGAUCGACAGGCCUUCCGGUCACGCAGGUGCAGCGACUGGGCCGGCAAGUCCUGGAGGCGCUCCUGUUCCUGCAGGACCGCGGCUUCCCUCCCUGCGGACACCUACACUCCGGCAACGUCAUCCUGCAGAACGGCGUCGCCAGAUUGUCAGGCGUGGAGAACACCCUCCUCGGCCUCACCUCUCGGAUCUACCCCAUCAUCAAGCGGAGACUAAGGGAAAACAGGGACGCGAUCGAUUCCGUGUGCUUUGGCCACGUACUGUUCGAGAUGUGCGCGGGCUACGAGCUCUCGGCCGCCCACCCGACGCCCAAACAUCUGGAUGACAUCGCUGCUUAUCCUCAGGUGGUGCAGGUGCUGGAGUACAUCUUCGGCAACGGCGACCAGUACCCGAGCAUCGAGGAGAUCCUUUGUAUGGACUUCUUCAGGAAUCUGGACCUUCGGGAGAUGCGGGCAGCCCCACUACCGUCACAGUUCCAGAUUCGGUAUUCCCCGACGAUACGAAAUAUUCUGAAAGAAGUCCGAAGAUUUCAGAAACAGAGAAGCUUGCAGCGGAGAACACGGUCCCUCAGUCGCGGAGAGACGCUAGAGGGGGAAGGUUACGGAAGGAGAGACGUCAGGCGUGGGCGUCGGGGGGGCGGUACAGCCUCGGGCGGUGAAGGCGGCGGAGGAGACACGCCCACGAGCAGCGAGGCGUCGGCAGGAGGGACGGGCGGGGGCACUGACGAGGGCGUGGCGCCCACGGGCUCCGCCUACAACACCCCGACGGCGUCGCUGGCCGCGCUGUCCUCGCCGACCUCCGACGUGACUCCCUCGCCGGAGCACCCUACCCACCGCCUGCUGGAGGUCUCCUCGCCCCAGCGCCAGCACCCCAACAACUGCCAAGAAGUGUUCCAUACGCCGCCCCACACGCCGCCCACCCCUCAGAAUCACCCAAUUAGAAACAACCAUGUCAGCCAGGCUCACAACGACCGCCCACUCACAACGAUGCGUUAUCCGCCCAGAGACUCACGCAACUCCUGUUGGUCCAAUAGCAACCACGUGACCCAGAACGGCCACGUGGGCAGGCGGGGCCAGCCAUGGACGUGACCCAGUGGCAGUUGUGGCAUGUCUACUGUGAUCCACCGCUCACUGUUCUUACCUUCCACCCUGUGGCUCCCUCAGCUGUAGACCUCAGUUGGCACAUCUUUGUUUUGUUGUACUUGUCUGCGGGGAUCAGAAGGAAAAGGCUUUAACAUAUUGAUUUUCCAGGGCAUCCGCUAGGAACCGGGCAAAGGACCUUCCCUCCCCAAUCAGCUCCCUCAGAGGAAAAUAAGGACACGUGUGGCUGAGGCUGGGCAAGACUUCUUCGUUCUCUUGUGGUGUGAACUCAAGACUUCCACAUAAAGUUUAUGUUUAUCCAGUUGCAUACCACGUAUCCAGCGUGAGCCACGGUAAUCUGAAACAUAAUUCUGUAUCACUGAACAAAAGACAGUAAGUAAUUCUGGUGAAACAGUGGAUCACAAUACAAAGGACGCACAGACGAGUGGGAGUGGUGCUUCAUGACUGUUACUCUGGUAAUCCACGUGACUGGCCAUUCCGGCUGAGAACCGAGUGCAUCGCGAGUGCGUUUGUGUAGUGACUCACAAGCCUCUCCCGCGGGAGACUCUUCCAGCAUCGGGGUCGCCGCCCCCUCACAGUGGUUCGUGAUGGAGAACUUAAUGGCGUUCCUUCACCUUCUUAUCGUGUUCCAAUAAUGUAAAUUUCAAUCACAUGAUUGCAAUAAUAAUUGUUAUGUUUUUUAUCAUAUAUUGUAAUCUAAGCUACACAGUGUGGUGGGCGAGGCAUUUAUAUACAUAAUUCUCUAGAAGCGUUUGUGUUCACUAGCAUAUUAGAGCAAAGAAUAUUAAUUUUAAAAAAUGGUAGUACAAUAAGUAUUGCUAGAUCUGUCCUUUUUUUCUAUACCUACU